UAAAAUGUCUGCAGUUUACUCGCCGCAGCCGCCGCAGCAGCAACAGCAGCCGCCUCCCCCACCACAGCAGCAGCAGCAGCAACCGCCCCCCAAUGCCAUGUCCAUGCAGCAGCAACAGCAGCAGCAACAACAACAGCAGCCACCCGGCGUCGGUGGUGGCGGCGGCGGUGGCAGCGUCCUCGGCUCCCAGGGCGGGCUGCUGCCCAUGGGGCUGCAGCAGCAGCAGCGUAUCACCGGUGUGCCGCCAAUGGGGAUGCCCGGCUCCCCCGGCAGCAUCAUCACCGGUGUGGGUGGUGGACCCGGCGGUGUCGGUGGUUGCGGCAACAUGAUGGGUGUCAACCCAACAUCGACUCAACGCGGCGGCGGUGGUGUCGUCGGUGGUCCGCCGCAGGUCAACUCAGCGCAAAUCCAGAAGAUGCUCGACGAUAACUGCGGCCUCAUCCAGACGAUCCAGGACUUCCAGAGCAUGGGCAAGGCGCAGGAGUGCAUGUCCUACCACGUGGCCCUGCACAGGAAUCUGGUAUAUCUGGCCCAGCUGGCGGAUCCUGCAAUGAAUAUCUCCCAGAUAUUGCCGCCGCCACACAUACUGCAGACACAGGCGAUGCAGCAGGGCAACCAGCAGACUCCGGGUGUUCCCACCGGUCCUCACGGUAUGCUGGGUGGCCUCCCACCGCCCCAACAACAGCAGCAGCAACAGCCACAGCAGCCCGGCGGUCCCGGCCAGGGCCAGCCCCAGCAGCCGGGCGGGCCACCGCAAAUGGGUGGCAUGCAGCAGCAUGGCAGCGAGCCCGGCGUCCAGAUGACACCCUAUGGCGCCCAGCAACAGCAGCAGCCGCCCCAUCCCGGCAUGCCGCCCAAUCCUCAGCAGCAAUCUCAGCAACAGCAGCAGCAGCAGCAACAACAGCAGCAGGCAGCGGCCGCAGCGGCGGCGGCAGCAGCUGCAGCAGCGGCAGCCGCUGGCCAACAGGUGACGCAAGUGAGCCAAGCCGGGCCGCUGGUCCAGCAGCAGCAGCAGCAUCCAUCGGCGAUCUACCGCAACGCACAGGGCGGGGGACAGCCGGGACAGGGACCGGCACAGCAAUCGAUUCUACCCAGUAAGUAUCAACAGCAACAGCAGCGGCCCAACAAUGGCCCGCUAGCAGGACCCGGCCAGAACCAACAGCCACCACAGCAGCAGCAGCAACAGCAGCCGCAGCAGGGCGCCCAGCAGCAGCAGCCGCCCAAUCAGCAGCAGCAGCAGCCCCAACAACAGCAGGGUCCGCAGCAGGGCGGACCGGGUGGUGUGCCGCCACCACAGACACCGUACCGCGUGAGCUAUCAGCAGCAGCAGCAGCAGCACGGACACUAUCCCGGAUAUCCGCCGCAAACGCAGCCGCAGUAUCAGCCGCAGGGCGCCUAUCCCUAUGGUCCGCCGACGCAGGGCUAUGGGCCACCGCCGCCGGGUCCACCGAAUGCAGCGCAGGCUGGCUACCAUCAUGGCGGAGCUGGCGCAGGAGCCGGAGGACAUGGCGGCUAUCAGCCCAAUACUGGCGGACCCGGACAGCAGGCACCGCCACCGGGCGUCUAUGCACCACCGCCAGGCAGCCAGCAGGGCGUGCCGCCUGGGCAACAGCCACCGCCGCCGCCAGGACAAAUGUAUGGACCGCCGCCUGGCACCGCUGGCGGUCAGCAGGUGGGUGCGCCGGGUGGACCGCCUGGACCACCGCAAAGCGUCAGUCAGUAUGGUCCGCCGCCGCCGCAAAACUCUACGGGUGGUCCGCCGCCCAUGAGCUAUGCCGGGUAUCCCCCGAAUCCCAAUCAGUACGGUCAGGCAGGAGCAGGUGGAGCACCCCCAGGCGGUGGCUACGGGCCACCACCUCCGCCCAACAGCAGCGGACAGUCGCCGUAUCAGGCCUACCAGCAGCAACAACAACAACAACAGCAGCAGCAGCAGGCGGUGGGUGCUGGCGGCGCACCGCCGGGCAGCAGUUAUCCGGGCGGACCGCCAACGAGUGUGGUGUCCGGUGGUCCGCCACCACCACCCGGUGGCUACAGCACAACGGCGCCCAGCCAAACGCCGCCGCCGCAGGGACCCCAGCAGCAGCAGCAACAACAGCCGGGCGGCGGCGGAGCGGGCUCCAAUCCGAAUGGGCCCAAUGCCCAGCAGCAGUCGACGCCGCCGCCAUCGGGAGGAGUGGGUGGCAAUCCGCAGCAGCAGCAGCAAGUGCCGGGCGGUGGGGCUGGAGGGGCAGGCUCUCAGCAGCAGCAGUACGCGCCUCCGCCGCCGCAACAGCAGCAGCAGCAGGUAGGGCCGGGUGGAGUGGUCGUCUCUGGUGUGGCACCGCUGCCCACACAGGUGCAACCCACAUAUUCGACGCCUGGCGGCGUCACAGGCUACGGGCCGCCGCAACCACAGCAGCAGCAGCAAGGGCCAGGAGGACCACCUACCUCCCAGCAGCAGCAGCAGCCACCACCUACCGGGGGUCCACCCAAUCCCCAGGCCAGUGCCCAGCAACAGCAGCAACAACAGCAGCAGCAGCCGCCACCGAAUGGUGCCACGCCGAAUAUGCCGCCGAAUCAAUAUCAACCGGCUCCGGGUGCCCCACAGCCGUACGGAGGUCCGCCGCCACAGGCAUACGGACCACCACCGCCGGGCAGUGCCUAUCCAGGGCAUGCGUACCAUCAGCCACCGCAGGCGGGGGGUUAUGCCCAAUAUCCGCCCACGCAGGGCUAUCAGAGCUACAGGCCGGCUGGCGCACAAAUGCCGCCACCCGGUGCACCCCAAGGACCGCCACCAACGGGGGCCUACGGCUACUACAGCAAUCAGCCGCCGCAAUGAGGCUGAGCAGAAGCGGUGGCAGACGGAAAUCCACUCGAAAAAAUGCUCAUGAUGAAAUGGGAUUCAUGAAGGAUAAAAGGCGGGACACACCGACAACCACGCCCAAAAUGAAGACGAUUCUUUUUGCAUACAAUUUAGAGAUUUAAGCGGCUGAUCGGGAGACAGUUAUCUAAAUAGAUAAAUAUAUAUAUAUAUAUAUAUAUAUAUAAAUACGAUUUGAUAUGUAAUGCAGUAGUAAGGCAACUUUCUCCUCCUGUCCCUCCUUUGCUUCUCCCUGGCGAGAGAGUGAGCCUUGUACGGUCUUUUAGUUGUAAGUUCUCCCCUCUAUAUAGUAGUAGUAGAUGUGUUUUCUUAACCAUAAGAAUUAGCUAUUUAAACUAAUUUUUUUGUCGAGUCCGUAGUAGUAGCCACACAGUGUGAAAGAGAGAGAGAGCAGAUAGAUAGAGAUGUCUGUUCAUGCAUGCAUAUUUCACUUAUAUAUAUUUGUAUUUUAUUUUAUUGUUUUGAUAUGAUUUGAUUCUAGCAUGGGCCUCGCUCCUGCCCGUUUCCCUCGUUUUCAUUGUUCUUUGCGCGUACUAUAGGAUAAGCAGCUCUACCCUUACACCCCGUAAAAUUACUAUUUAAAAGCAGAUAUUAUAAAUAAUACAAUUAACUAUAUUUCACAAUAAUAUACAAGAAAUUCAAGAAAAACUAAAGCGAGAGAGCGGGAGAAUUCCAUUGAUGCCUCUACACUAAUGGCUGGCACAGUACGGAACAAUUAAUUUAUAUUAUAAAAAAACAUUCAACAAGGAAAAGGAGAAGAACAUAAAAACUUAAAGCUAAAUAGCACAACUCUGGAAAUAUAGAAAUUUUUGUACUUUUUUUCGUUUUACAUUUUUUUUUUAUAGUUAAUGAAUAUAGUGGAAUACAGUGGACACUCCAUAGGUGGACUUAAGACUCUUAUAAAGUUUGAUAAUAAUUAAUACGAUGGAUCUGAUAUUGGAUGCUUGACUUCUAUUUAAAUAAUUAUUCAAUUAAUGCGUUUUAUUGCCUAAAAACACACACACACAAAAAUGAGUUCCAAAAUAUAAUUAGCAUUUAGCAUUAAAAACAAAAAAAUAUUUAUUUAGCUAACGGAAGGGAAACAACUACAAAUAAAACAAACGACAAAGUUAUUGGUCUUUAAGAAAGAAGAAAGAAAACAUAUUUUGGUCUUAAGAGAUUUCGAUUCUAGCUAUAAGUACGUGCUCCACUGUAGUAGUGAUCCUCUCUCCUCCCGUGAACCCUUGCAAAGUGUACAAUUAGAAGAAACAAAUUCCAUUUAGAACUCUUGUAAAGAUCUUGUAAUUUUGUGGAACGGCGAGAGUUUCUGUAUCUCGCUCUGAAGCAGGUCCCACGACUAUUGCUGAUCUGCUCUAAUCCGCUCGAAAAUCUCAAAUGAUCCCCACAGACCCUGGCCCGAUACCCCCUUCCACCCCACAGACAUCGAGAAAAUAUAUAGGAGAUACGAGUAUAUCAAAUAGCAUUUAGAAAUUUCUAUUUUCAAAAUGCAAAA